AUGAACCGCAGCUUCAGUAGGGAUAUACUACGCCUCGGAGACUGGCUUGGAAUUCACGGACCCAAGGAGGACUUCUCAAACGACGGCUGUCCUACCGCUCGCAACGCCACACAGACGGAUUGUCGACCUUAUGUGGAUGCCGGUAAUGAUUCGGAACCGCCCUCGCGACGACGUCGGGUAACCUCCGUGGAAGUUGUUCCUAAUGGCACCAUCGCACUGGAUGAGGCAGCUCCUCAGGAAGACGCAAAAGCCAGGAAAGGAGGAGAAACGUUGUGUCAAAAUGAGGUGAAUGUGUUUGAAGGAGACAAAGAUACGAAAAAGGAGAGGCAGGUGAUGGAGGAACGGGAUAAUGAGAGGAAAGUGAAGAAGCUGGGGCUGGAGAAGAGCAAAAGUCGGGAAGAAGGCGAAAAAGAACAGGGAAAAGGAGACAGAGAAGGGAAAGAGUACAAAAUGGAACAGAGGCCUCAGCUCACACAAGAGGCUGCUAUCCCCCAUGCCCUGGAUACGUCUUUACAUAGUCCUCUCCUUAAUGAUCUCUGUCUGACCGGAUCCGACGACUUUCUACUGGAUGCUGAGACGAUCAAGGAGCUUAUGAUCGCCAAUGAGGAUGCAUCGGAGACCAUAUCGUCACGGCAAGUGGAGACAGACGGAGCCUAUCGGAAUGGGCAUUCCGAUCAAAUUCAGCUCUCCAGCGGCCUCGGAGGACAAGCUUUGUUGACUCGAGAGUUGGCUUCUCAUGUGCUUUUCCUUACUGCUGCUUGGCUGCGUCGCUUCGGCGUAUUUCAGCAACUUCCGUCUCAAAUUAAGCGUAAUUUGCUCACUUGGACAUGGUCAGAUCUAUUCCUUUUGGGUAUCUGCCAGACGGUCGGCUCUAUUACCCAGUCAUGUGACUCUUCGGUUUCUGGUGAGUUUCAACAAGUCAUGCUGUAA